UGCUUGCGGGCAGGUACCACAAGGCGCAUACUGAUUUUUCAUACUGACAUGUCUUCCCUGUCGGUCUCAGAUCUCGCGAAGAUACAGACGGUCAAGUACGCUAAUUUGGGCAGUCUUGCAAUCCUCGUAUUCGAUUAUUGUGUCACUUUUCCCGAAGAGGUGAAAUGGACCUGGUUCAAACCAUGGGAUUUCACUCGCGUCAUCUUCACCAUUUCUCGAUAUCUGCCUUUCGCGGGUGUUGGAAUGACUGCAUAUGAUGCAUUGCGUGUCAGCAAUCAGUGCGCCUCUACUCUGGAAGGAAACAUCAUUCACAUAAUAGGUAUCGUUGCUGCGGAAGCCCUGCUUGUUCUUCGAACCUGGGCGUUCUGGCAAAAGAGUAAAAGACUGCUGAUCGGGCUAUUGACUUAUAGUGUGUUGACAAUUGUCGCCGCCAUUGUCACAGACCUCAGCCCUAAAAUGUUGAUUCCAGGAGAGGAGCCCCCUCUAGGAACGUGUUACUUCGAGAGCACACGCAAUGCUGCUGUCGUAUACAUGUUCUUGGCGAUGUUCGAAAGCGUGAUACUAGCCCUUACUGUAUACAAGAGAGUUCACGACUACCGAGGGUUUCAAAGCGGAAUAGUAGUAACCCUGUACCAUGACGGCAUGGUUUACAUGCUGUGCAUCCUCACUAUCACGCUUGCCAAUGUUAUCGUCGGAGCUGCGCUUCCGAGCGCCUAUAGUAAUUUGUUUGACACGCUACAGCUGGUCACUCAUAGCGUCUUGGCAUCACGAAUUCUAUUCCGCCUUCGACAUAGCAAUGAGCGUGAAUAUUUUGAUACGUCGUCCAUGACUCUGUUAGAAAAUGUGAACUAUCUACGACCCCCCUCCAUGUCGAUUAGUGGAACCACCAGAAGUGCAGUUUAAAUGGAUAUAUGCAUAUGUAGAACCAUUGUAUCUGUUAAAUCAGAAGCUUCUGCUCCUAUGUGAUAUAAUAUACAACUCAAAUUAUGAUAUUAUAGAACCAUGAUACAGCGAGACCUAAAGGCAUGAACGAAUCGGUGAUUCAUUCCCGACUGGUUCCUCCGAGCGUAGUUGCGAUGUCAAGGCUUCUCAUGCGACGACAGGAUAAUUUUGCAUCAUGCGCCUCAGAUUUACUUCCGGAAACCUCGUCUUAAAGUCAAUAGCACAAGGCCUGUCAUUCGGCAUCGCCCCCGUCAUGAAACCCAAGUCAUCAAGCGGCUUUGUAGGAUCCAGAGUGAGCUGGAAAGCCCAAAGAAUAAGGAGCGAGUUUAUGAACACCGAUCUGUUCGCAACGUGUUGAGCAGGGCAUAUG